AGCGCGGACGUGAUGAACGGCCAGGAUGUGAACACGUCAAUGGGACUGAAAAUGCAGCAAUGGGACCAAAGGCUGCGCAGCUGUUUUAUACCAUACAUUAUUAUACAUAUUUAUGAAGCAGACAAUGUCAAAUAAAAUUUACAUCAAAGCCGUCACGAUUGUACUCCCUCAUGGCACAGCUACUGGACGACUAUGUGAUCACGUGGUUGUUUGGGCUAGACCUGGUCAGGCGAGAUGAGCCGCAGGGGUCGGUCGUUUCCUUCCACUUCCGUCUGCUCUUCCUGGCGUUUCUGUUCUCUAUAAUUUUAGUAUAUUCGCAGUACGUGAUAGAAAUUCUUGUGAUGCAGUGCCCUCCCUUAUUCGAUACUAGGACAAAGAAAUUGACAGCACUUGCGGCGGCUGUUUUAACUAAAAUUUGCCAUCCCUUAAUAAGUGGUUAUGAGUGUCUAGGUACUUUGUUUAACAUUUGCUUGAAACCUAAGAAUUUAAAAACAACAACUUCCAAAACAGAAAUCGAUGAUCCACACUCUUUGCGCAGUACUCACUCUGGGAGGAGCAGACGCCUGAGUGGUACGAAUUCUUUCCACGACACUACCGAAUAUCCACGCCCACCAGUUUUGCAACCCGCACCGUCCCAAACAACGAGAGUCAACACCUCGGCCGCGCGUAAACCGCACAAGAUCCGACUUCGGCAGACGCUGUGUAGUACAGCGAACGUGAACCAAAGCAGCAAGCACCAGUCCGUCAGUCCAUCAGAGCUUCAUAGCGUGUCUCUAGUAUCUGCAGAAGAAGCCGCGACCGAUCUGUUGAUUGGUGACCUAAAAAGCAUCCGUAAAAAGUAUAAUCGCUAAACCAACAAAACAAAUCUAUAUUUAA